GGUGGCAUACCACUCCCUUCCUUCUAUAGAAAUUUACCCUCUACUGUAACUAAUAAUUCGUGAUAAAUUUAGGGUGCUAAUUAUUUUACCAAAUUUGACACAAACUAAUCACAAACUCUCCAACCAUAACGAGUUAAUGAACUUCACGUGGUUGGGACUCCGAUCACGGCAGUAACCUACCUUUCAGUCCCUUUUUCCAAUUGUCUUUUUAUUAGUCCCAUUUACUCCCAAAAACGACAGCAAAAGGCGAAUCAAACUAGUCAAACACCGGAAAAAGCUCCUCGGUUUUUUAUUCCUUUUUUUUUUGUCUCCCCCAUUUUAUGAACUAAAGGUAAACUGAACGGAGAAGCGGAAAAUUGAUUUUCUUCUAAAAGAUCGUCAAAAUCCACAAAUUGAAAUUCUCUGCCUAUGUCUUAAAGAUUGUAAUUUAUCAGAAAGUGGAGGGCCUCUUUAACCGUGAGCUGCUGGAAACCGGAUUGCAGUAAUAGUUGUGAGUUUGUGAUCAUAACAGCUAGAACUAGUAUGAACUGAGCUCAAAUAUAGAGAGGAUUCAUAUUUCAUAUGGUGGGAACGGUUACCCAGGUAUAGUACUUGUGCUGUUGGGAGGUCGCAGGUACGUGGUGGAAUAGUUGAGGUGGGGACACCUGCAUCAUACAAAAUAAAUAUAGAGAAAGGAUUCAUAUAAGUGACCCCAACUAGUUUGGAUUGAGGUUUGGUUGCUUUAUCGGUUGAUUGAUUGGACAUGAAGCACUAGCAAAAUUUCCUUUACAUUAACAGGAUGGUCUAUUUCCAUAAAGUUUUAUGAGCUGAGCAAAACUGUCGGAAAACCUUUAAACCAGAACUGCAGCGGUCUUUCUAUUUUAUGCACUUUUGACGCUUACCAAAAGGGAAGUUCACUGUAGUUAUUACUUAUAAAUUACUUGUUAGUAGGACAUUAGCUGUUGUAUUGGUGAUCUUGGUAUGGAUUUAGAAUUCUCACCACUGUGAUAUUCUUGGCUAACUUUGUCAUCCAUUUGUGUUUCAUUACAGGGCUGCAUUGGAUAACAGAUGGGCUCUAUUUAAUAAGUUUAAGCAACGUUAUUUUCCAAUAUUUAGCAUUUGGGCCUCCAGCUGGUGUGCCAUCUCUCAUCAAGUGCUUAUGGAAGACUCCUUCUAUAAUCCCACUCCUGGGAGUGAGUCAAAGUCUGCGGUGACAGCUGCUGUCACUACUAAAAAUGAAUCUAGAUGGCACUCCACUGCUUCUGGCUCAAAGUCUUUUGCAAAUAUAAGACAGAUAGAUCUGAUAAAAUAUGGGAAGCAGAGAAGGGGGAGUGACAAUCAGUUAGUUUUCUUUCUGGUUAAAGUUGCUGCUUUGGAGACUGUGCGGAGGAUCUCGCAGUCCAAAUGUCCAUUCGUAUGGUCUGGCCUGCAAGCUCUGCAAGUUGUGUGCUACCCCCCACUUAAGUGGAUGCAAAGGUGGAGUCCUUUUAGGGUUCUGGUUAACGGCAUGCAGAUGCUAUCGCGGCCACUGCUAGUGCUCUCUAUCGCUACAGCUUUUUCUGAUCAUUCAGAAUUCGAUAAUGCUACCUCAGAUAUCACUCAAGUUUCCCCAGACACCAAUGCUGUGCAUUCUGAUUCAGAAUCUCAGCUAGAAUUCUCGUCUGAGCAAUCUAUCCCAAGUGAAAGGGUUGGCAAUGAAGUUUCUCCAAGUUCGUCUUCCACAAGUUCUGCAAGCUGGUUGCAUCUGCUUUGCAAAGAUCUGGAAAAGCAAGGAAUUCGUUUGCCAGAGAGAAUUGGUGAAGAGGAACUCCACCGAUUUUUUACGGCUGCAGAUGGAGAUUUUACUCGCUUACUUUCUUCAGUGAAGAAGACAAUUCGCUGGAGGGAGACUUACAGAAUUCUUUCCAGACAAGAACUAGAAGUGUGGUCAAAUAUGGUCUUUUGGCAUGGAUUUGAUAUGCAGCAUCGGCCGUGCCUCAUUGUCCGUCUUGGCUUAGCAUGCAUCAGCUUGCCAUCUCGUGACAGACCUUGUUUCGCUCAAGCAGUAGUAUCUCAGGUGGAGCAUGGGGUUCUUCAUUUGGUGGACCCUCAAAAUUCUCAAAUUACUGUUUUGGUAGACUGUGAAGGACUAUCUCCAUUGAGACUUCCCAUGCAAAUGCUUAGAUCCUGUUCUACUCUUUUGCAAGAUCACUUCCCCAACCGUUUAGGCUGCUUAUUCAUUAUACGCCUUCCACCUAUUGUUCGAGUUGUGGCACAAACCUUUGUGCAAGUUUUCAAACCAGUCACUCGGCAAAAACUGAAAUUUGAAGGAGAAAUGUACCAAAAGGUUCUUUCCGAGUGUUUGCAAACACUCCCGUCUUAUCUUGGUGGGCAGUGCACAUGCUCAGGAUGUGGUAGCUUUAGCGUUAGCGAGAUGCGUAAGGCUCGAAUUUAUGAACAUCAAGGAAUGGUGACAACAGAAUCUAUUAGCGAUACUCUGGAUUUGACAUCACCUAAUUCAGGUGAACGGACUGAAAUUCCGUCGAAUUAUACCUGUGACCAGGUCUUACGAAAGGCUGUGCUAGGUGUCCUUUUAUUCUGGGUUUUUGUUGCUUUAAUUGCUGGAGUAUAUGAUCCAGAAAGUCGUCCCAUUUUACCUCCUUGAGCUAUAUUACAAUUUUGUACUUGUCAUUGCACAUCUAUUCUUCUUGAAAAUAGUCUGUAACUAGUAUUGGCCACAGUUUGUGGCAAUUACCUGUCAACAUAUCUAGUAGAGGUGUGUACUGGAAUGGGGUGUAAUGGUUCUUGUUCAGUGCAAUAUUCUUAUACGUCC